AUGAACCUUUCAACUUCUUCAAUGCACCACUGCAAUAUGGCUUGCUACCACACACUCAAGCUCUCUCUCUUCCUCUGCCUCACCCUCUCUGCCUUGGCGUAUGGCAGCCACGAUGACAAGGAAAGCAACAGGAACGACGAGGCUCACAGCCUUCGGUCUAAGCCUCUAAUACUGGUCAAGAUUUGGUGCUUGGUUUUGGUCUUUGUUGGGACAUUUGCAGCCGGAAUGUCGCCCUACUUCCUAAAGUGGAACGAGGGGUUCUUGGUUCUGGGCACACAGUUCGCUGGCGGUGUGUUUUUGGGAACAGCUCUCAUGCACUUUCUGAGUGAUUCAAACAAGACUUUCCAAAGCUUGACUGAGAAGGAGUACCCUUUUGCAUUUAUGCUGGCCAGUGUGGGGUUCUUGAUCACUAUGCUUGCGGAUUGUGUUGUUUCCUAUGUGUAUGCUAAGCAAGAGGGCAGUGACCUUGAAGGCCACGACAGUGGUCAUGGUCACCACCCUGCAACAGUUGGUUCAGUUGGGGACAGCAUUUUGUUGAUCGUAGCCUUAUGUUUCCAUUCUUUCUUUGAGGGCAUUGCAAUCGGAGUUGCCAAGACAAAAGCAGAAGCUUGGAAGGCUUUGUGGACAGUCAGUGUGCACAAGAUCAUUGCAGCCAUUGCCAUGGGCAUUGCUCUCCUCCGCAUGCUUCCAAACCGCCCCUUCUUAUCAUGCAUGGCGUAUGCUUUCAUGUUCGCCAUUUCGAGUCCAGUUGGUGUGGGAGUUGGGAUC